AUGCCCCUAUGUAACUUACCGAACCUUUGGAGCUUCAAGGGAGCAUGUCUAGACUUAGAAAACGAACUUCCGUUGAACAUUAACUUGAACGGAGAAGCUUACAACACAGAAACACAAAAUGAGAUCGAUCGAAAAAACAAGAAACUUAAAGCUUAG